AUGGAGUCUCGUGUCGUUGUCGUCCCAGUCCCGACAACUGUCGUGGUUACACAUUAUGUUCCUUCCAACACCGCAAAGGAUGCCGAUAGCGCCGCUCUACCAACUGUUUCAACACCACCUGCUGGAGACGUGCCACCUCCUCCCGAGGCCCCCGGAGCUGAUGGAGAUGCUCCGCAGUUUGCGUCUUUCAUCCCUCCUACAAGUCAACAAAUCAGCCCUGUUCCCACGACCGCACCUGGACAAGAACCUCCUAACGAGGUUCCUGUAGAUGAUGGGAAUGCUGAGUUUGGAACCUUUCUCCCCAUUACGAGCCAAGAGGUCAACCCAGUUCCCACUACCGAGCCCGUGCAAGAGCCUCCCGCCGAUGUUCCUGCAAACAAUGGAGACGCUCCGCAAUUCGCAUCUUUUAUCCCUCCCACGAGUGAAGAGGCCACUCCUGUCCCUACAACCAUGCCUGGACAGGAGCCUCCUGCCGAAGUUCCCGUAGCAGAUGGAGAUGCCCCUCAAUUUGCAUCUUUCAUUCCUCCUACAAGUCAGGAGGUCGAUCCAGUUCCUACUACUGUACCUGCGCAAGAGCCUGAACCUGCACCACCCGUACCUUUACCCGAGACGACAAGCUCUGUCUCCCAGAUUCCUCAAUCCACGUCCCAGGAAGUCUCCCAAAAAACGACAACCGCUAUUGAGCCGAUCGCGGACCCAAUUUCGCAGGAGGCACCACAGGAGACAACAGAGUCACCUAAUCCAAUAGAUGUACCUAGUCCUGCGACGACGGAUGCUGAGAACCCUGUUCAAACUUCUUCCCGGCCUACCGUGGGAGAGACGUCACUCGACGGGCCUGGCCUUGUGACGACAGCUGCCCCAACCCCUUCUCAAUCAUCUACCCAAGCAGCUACGCGGGGAGGACCUGGAAAUACCCCGGAGAAUGCUCGUCUCAUUAUUGAGACGGAGUCAUCCUCGUCACUGUCUGCAACACCAACCUCCGAGGUUCUUCAGUUUGACACCGCACAGUUCACUUACACUGGCCCUCCGACUCGGUCGACGACUCUACAAACCCGACGAGGGACCAGUACUGAUACGUCUGUUGUUGACUCCACCCAGACAUCUGAUAGCUUUGGUGAUGGUGACGGCGAGACGGGCGUUGCUGGUUCUGAGCCCCUAUAUACCACCGCGACCCUGGCUGAUGGUGUUGUCACCACAAUUGAUCUUAGUGCAACUGCCGGAAGUGGCCAAUCGGAAACUCAAAGCCCCGAUGCCGCUGUAAAAGAUAAGUCCGAUGGUGAAUCAAAUGUACCACCAAUGGUUGUUGGAAGCGUUCUUGGUUCAAUUCUGGGAAUAUCCAUGCUGGCGCUUGUCAUCUUCUGGCUUAUGAGAAGACGAAAGUUACAACGCCGCAGAAGCACGCUCCUCACUCCUCUCGGGGCUCGUCCAGGGGCACCACCUGGUAAAUUGAUGAAGUAUGAGAUCGACAACCAAUCCUUGGGCCCAACACCCCGAUCGGCCAAAGUCGCAGCUUCCAUGAGCGCCAAUGCCAAGAAGUUUAGUCAACGAAUCCGACAAUCUAUGAGCGAUGCUUCCCAUAUCGGCAUGAGCCGAGGGAACUCCCAAUUCGGACAUGAAAGUCAAGCUAUGGGCGCAGCACGCGCUCACAGCAGAGCAAGUUCAACUCCGGGGCAACAACCACAAAAUGGAUGGUGGGCGGAGAUACUUGGAGAGUCGAACACCAAUAAUCCUCCGGCAGAAGCCCCCCCCUUGCAGCAACAGGGUUACGAGAGAAGACGAACACCAAGUCCUAACCCGUUCUCGGAUGUCAACUCUUCUGUCGCUGCUCCUCCGGCCCCUUUCCGCGAAUACUCCCAUAGUGUUCCGCCUCAUGGCUCAAUGGUCCCACCUCCGUUGCACCCUGCUCGAGAGGACGACCCUUUCGCUGAUGGAGACUCGAUUAUGUCACCAGAGCUUGCACGGCAGUCGCCAACGAUCUAUGGGUCUGGGCGGCGAAGCCCAAGUAUGUCAAGGAAUCUUACGCCUCAAUCGACAGGCGACAACAUGAAUCUCAAGCCCCAGGAGGUUUGGCGUGGCAAGGUUCACUCGAACCCAUUUGACUUGGAGCUUGAUACUCGAGUUGUUCCCAGCAUGUACGGCAACAUCCAGCAAGUGCCUCGGCACACUGUUGCUAGCUCAUUUUACAGCACCACCAACGCUGCUAACAAUAACAACCAAUACACGAGCAGGCAAUCUCGCGCUGACAGCUUUACUUCGAAAUAUACCAGUGGAGUGAGCUCGGUUAGCGAGUGGCCUCCCGUACCACCUCGGGUUCCUAGCAUCUAUAGCCGGUAUGGAAACGAUGGGAUCGACUUCCCCGUUCCCGCCCGGGACUUCAGAGGCAACGACGACAAUGCCUGGAGACACGGAAAUGGCAAUAUGAUGUGA